CUACUGCAUUUCCUACUCGUAAUUUCUUUAUUAUCACAGUUUCCGUGACAAGUAGUAUUCGUUUUUUGAUGAAACCUUGAAUCAAAGUCAAUAAACAAUCAGUUGAGAGCGUCUUGUACGUCGCAGAGACCAGUCUUUCUCUAUUUCGAGAGUCUGUUUGCAAAGAAGCUGAGACUUCAGAAUGAUGGGGAAAUUAGCUGGGCGUACUCUAUUUAUUACCGGAGGAAGCCGUGGCAUUGGGAAAGCAAUUGCUCUACGAGCUGCACAAGAUGGUGCAAACAUUGUUAUCGCUGCUAAAACUGCCGAGCCCCAUCCAAAAUUACCUGGCACUAUAUAUACAGCUGCCAAGGAAGUUGAAGCUGCUGGAGGGAAAUGCCUUCCUUGCAUUGUUGAUGUACGAGAGGAAACGCAAGUGAGAGCAGCAGUUGAUGCAGCUAUCAAAGCAUUUGGUGGUAUUGAUAUUCUUGUGAAUAAUGCCAGUGCUAUCUCCCUUACCAGUACUUUGGAUACUGAAAUGAAAAGAUAUGAUCUCAUGCAGAAUAUAAACACAAGAGGAACAUUCUUAGUGUCCAAAAUUUGUAUCCCUCAUUUGAAGAAAAGCACAAAUCCUCAUAUUCUCAACCUCAGUCCUCCAUUAAAUAUGUCAAAACACUGGUUCAGCAACCAUGUAGCUUAUACCAUGGCUAAGUAUGGCAUGUCAAUGUGUGUUCUUGGUAUGGCUGAAGAAUUUGCAUCAGAUGGUAUUGCUGUUAAUGCACUCUGGCCACGAACAGCUAUCCACACUGCUGCAAUUGAAAUGCUGACCGGACCAGAUUCUGCACGCCAUUCUCGUAAGCCUGAGAUAAUGGCUGAUGCUGCAUACCACAUUCUUACAAAGCCAUCACGUUCUUGUAGCGGCAACUUUUUUAUUGAUGAUGAUGUUCUUAAGGCAGAAGGCGUGACUGAUCUCACACACUACGCAUGUGAUCCCAGUUAUGCAGACAAACUCAUGCCAGAUUUUUUCCUUGAUGAUAGCCCUAACACUUCCUUUGAGAUUAGUAAAAUGAAACCUAAUUUAGGAGGUGGUGAGGGAAUUGCUAAAAUUUUUAAGACUAUUGAAGAUAAAAUUAACCCUGAACUGGUGAAAAAAGUUCAAGGUGUUUAUUUGUUUCAAGUUUCAGGCGCCGAAGAAGGCUUUUGGCACAUUGACCUUAAAAAUGGCAGUGGUUCAAGUGGCAAGGGAAAACCAGAAGCAGCACCAGACUGCACAUUAUCAAUGGAUUCCAAAAAUUUCUUUGAUAUGUUUUCAGGUAAACUGAAACCAUCAGCUGCGUUUAUGACAGGAAAACUGAAGAUCACUGGUAAUUUGCAAAUUGCAAUGAAACUAGAGAAACUGAUGAGCUCACUUAAAUCAAAGAUGUAACUUUUAUAUUAUCUGUAUCAUUGAUGAUUGCAAAUGUAUAUGUAGAAAGGAAAUCACCCCAGAGAUAUUUUAUAUCUAUCAGGUUAUUUGAUCAUUUAAUUUUACGAGCUAUUUCAAGUUGAUUGGUGAAGGUAACUCUGGUGAUACAUUGUCAGUAUUUUAACGUACUAGAUUUUGAAUAUUGAUAUAGAUUAACAGUACAGUGAUACAGACAAUAAGCACAAUUUAUCUGAAAUGUAUUUUUCUAAAACUAUUGUGUUAAUAUUAAGUUUAUGCAGUUUUGUAAUUUCAUCAGUUUUUUACCCUUGUUAUUUUUUACAAAUAUAAAUGCUAUUAUUCAAUAUUAAAGUAUAUCUUUGAUCAUAA